UCGCUUAAUUGUUACCUGUAUCUGAAAAUCUGUUGAACUGCUGUAUCUGAACUGAUUCUGAAAUCUUAGCAUUUGGAUCUAAUUCAAGUUUUGGGAGUGAAACAAAUCUCUGUCUUGGGUUUUUUUUCUCCCUUUUUUGGUUUGUUUGUAUUUUGUGCUUGAAGAAGUGGUGAGAGGAAAGGUUUGGAUCGGAUAUGGCGGAGAUUUCCGACGAAGCGACGGAGAUAGGAAGCAAUGGGAGGAGUGAGUCGCCGGUGAGGACGACGUCGACCGCGGCGGGAGUAGCUCCGCUGCUGACGGUGCCGGCGUCGUUCAAGGAGAGUGGAGGGAAAGGUUCGUUGAGGAGGAGAGCUGUUAGACCUAGCUUCGAUGCGGAUAAUGAGCUCAUUACGUUGCUUCACGGGUCGGAUCCUGUGAAAGUUGAGCUUAAUCGAUUGGAGAACGAAGUAAGAGAUAAGGAUAGAGAACUGGGAGAAACACAGGCAGAAAUUAAGGCAUUGAGGAUGUCUGAAAGGCAAAGAGAAAAGGCUGUUGAAGAGCUCACUGAUGAGCUAUCAAGAAUGGAGGAGAAGCUUAAAUUGACAGAAUCUCUUCUUGAAAGCAGGAACCUUGAAAUCAGGAAAAUAAAUGAUGAGAAGAAGGCAUCCAUGGCUGCUCAAUUUGCAGCUGAGGCCACUUUGCGGAGGGUUCAUGCUGCUCAAAAGGAUGAUGAUAUGCCUCCAAUUGAAGCAAUUCUUGCACCCUUGGAGGCUGAGCUGAAGCUUGCUCGGCACGAGAUUGCAAAGCUUCAAGAUGAUAACAAGGCUCUCGAUCGUCUAACUAAAUCAAAAGAAGCAGCUUUACUUGAAGCUGAAAGGACCGUUCAAGUUGCAUCGGCCAAAGCAUCCAUGGUGGAUGAUCUCCAAAAUAAAAACCAGGAGUUGAUGAAGCAGAUAGAAAUUUGCCAGGAAGAGAACAGAAUUUUGGACAAAAUGCAUCGCCAAAAGGUUGCAGAGGUUGAGAAGCUUACACAAACAGUAAGGGAGCUGGAAGAGGCUGUUCUUGCUGGCGGUGCUGCUGCAAAUGCUGUUAGGGAUUACCAGCGGAAAGUUCAGGAAAUGAAUGAGGAAAGAAAAACACUCGAUCGAGAGCUGGCACGUGCAAGAGUAUCUGCUAAUAGGGUUGCUACAGUUGUAGCAAAUGAGUGGAAAGAUGCUAAUGAUAAAGUGAUGCCUGUAAAACAAUGGUUGGAAGAACGAAGAGUCUUGCAGGGAGAAAUGCAGCAACUUCGAGAAAAGCUUGCUAUAACUGAGCGCACUGCUAAAUCUGAAGCUCAGUUGAAAGAGAAAUAUCAAUUGCGUCUUAGAGUUCUAGAAGAGAGCUUGAGAGGAGGAUCUUAUAGUAGUAUCAAUCGCAGUACAUCAGAUGGAAGAUGCAUGAGCAAUGGGCCUUCAAGGCGUCAGUCUCUUGGUGGAGCUGAUAGCUUCUUAAAACUUGCAUCCAAUGGGUUUUUAUCCAAGAGAUCUACGAGCUCUCAACUGAGAUCCUCUUUGUCUUCUAGUACAGUGUUGAAGCAUGCUAAAGGAACAUCAAAGUCAUUUGACGGAGGAACAAGAUCACUAGACAGGGCCAAAAUGCUUUUAAAUGGAACAGGCUCAGAUACUUCAUUCAACCAGCCUUCUGAAAGAACCAAGGAGUGUGAGGCACCAAAUAAAGAAAAUCCUGAUGAUUUCCAGCCAGUUGACAAAGAGGAUAAUGUUCCAGGAGUUUUGUAUGAUUUGCUACAGAAAGAGGUCAUGGCUUUGAGGAAAGCUGGUCAUGAGAAAGAUCAUAGCCUCAAGGAUAAGGAUGAUGCAAUUGAGAUGCUCGCCAGGAAGGUGGAAACAUUGACAAAGGCAAUGGAAGUUGAGGCAAAAAAGAUGAGAAGAGAAGUAGCUGCUAUGGAGAAAGAGGUUACUGCCAUGCGUGUAGAGAAAGGACAUGAAAAUAGGGCCAAGCGGGUUGGUAACUCCAAGGGAUCUGCUGCUCAGCUGCUUUCUGGAAGAAAUGCAUUUCGGAGUGGGUUAACACGCAGCACUCAAUGAUGACGAAUUUUUAUUCCAAAAGCCUUUGGAGUAAAUUUGCAUUAGAUUGCUUAUUCUUAUGUCUAGAGAUGAGCCAAAAACAAAACAGAUAUAAGGAACUAUUCACUGUGGGCUAACCUUUGGUCAGGCAUUCUUUAGAGUUGCCAAUGGUUGUCCGGUUUGUAUUGGUAGCUCUCCAUUCAC